AUGGAUGAUUCCACGAUGUCCCUGACUUUCGCAUCUAGCUCGCUCUACAGCGAGCGCAGCUUUCAUAAUGCCGUUCCAUUUCUGUUUGGCGUCCUCGCCUUGUGGCUCUACCGUACCUGGAAGAAACAGUCGCAUGUUCCUGGGCCGUUUUUGGCUUCUAUUUCGAACAUCCCACGUUUACUUUGGGCGCGCUCUGGCAGUGCACACGAGACUCACAUCCGUCUUCAUGAAAAGUAUGGUUCGCUCGUCAGGCUUGGCCCGAAUUCCGUCAGUGUGGGAGAUCCGCGCGAAAUCUCUAAGAUGUACGGUAUUCGCUCGAGUUUCGGAAAGUCUGAUUACUACAAAGUUCUCCAGCCGAUGUCGAAGGGCAAGAUCAUUCAGGGUCUGUUCAACACGCAGGAUGACCAGCUGCACCGUUCCAUGAAAAAACCCAUUGCGGGAAUCUACUCUAUGAGUAACCUCGUCAGCUUCGAAUCUUACGUUGACUCCACCAUCGGCUUUUUCUUGGAGCGUCUUGAGGAUGCGCAAGGAAAAGCGGGUGGACGGAUCGAUCUAGGUACCUGGUUGCAGUGGUUCGCAUUUGAUGUGAUGGGCGAAAUCACAUUCAGUAAGCGGCUAGGCUUUCUGGACGAAGCCAAGGAUGUGGAUGGUAUCAUGGGUUCUAUCUGGAAGAUGUUCCAGUAUUCCUGCUGGAUUGGCCAAAUGCCAUGGCUGGAUAAGAUCUGGGUCAAGAACCCAUUUGUGAGUCGCUUGCUACCUGCAAAGAACUCACCAGUGGUCAUGUUUGCUCUGGCACGGGCACAAGAAAGAAUAGCCGAGAACCAGGGUUCCGACAGCCAGGAUGCCACUUCGUCAGGAUACAAUUCAAAGGAUUUCAUGUCCCGCUUCCUGGCGGCCCGAGUCAAGGACCCGAGCAUUCCCGAAUGGUUCGUGACCGCAUGGACGACAUCGAAUGUGCUGGCCGGCAGCGAUACGACCGCAAUCAUGCUCCGAGCCAUCAUCUACUUCCUCAUCACGAACCCGGUCAGCCUUCAAAAGCUCGAGCACGAGCUGCGCCAAGCCCGGAGCCAAGAUCAAUUAUCCGAUAUCGUUACUUGGAAGGAAUCCCGGAACCUGAGGUAUCUGGACGCCUGCGUGAAGGAAGCAGGACGCCUGCAUCCCGCCAUCGGGCUGACGUUGGAGCGUGUGGUACCGCGUGGCGGGGCCACGAUCUGCGGGCAAUCCUUUGAAGCGGGGACCACAAUUGGCAUGAAUCCUUGGGUAGUCCACCGAAACAAGGAGGUUUUUGGAACCGACGCCGACCAUUGGAACCCGGAUCGCUGGUUGGACACCGAUACGGAGCGGGUGACGCUUAUGGAGAAUUGUCUUUUGACAGUGAGUAACUCGGUGACGCUUUGGGCUUGCCUGCAGAGUUGA